AUGGCGCGAACACGAGGAGCUAAGUCGUCAUCUCCUUCGAACCGCAAAAAGGGACUGCGAAAGGAGCCACUUCCAGAAUCUGCUCCAGAACCUUUGCCGUCGAGACCAAAUCCACCUCCGGUGAAGCCCGCGCCACCAAAGCCGCCGGCAAGACGAUAUUUGACCAGGUCAAGAGGUCGGCCAUUGCAGAAGAAGCCGAGGGUUGAGAGCUCAGAACCCAUCGAUUUGACUGAGCAAUCCCCUGAGCAAUCCCCUGCGCAAUCACCAGAGCAGUCGCCGGUUCAAUCUCCGGUGUCUUCACCAAAUCCUUCUCCAGUUGCAACUCCAGUCCCCUCGCCAAUUCAGUCGCCGGUACCAUCUCCGGCACCAAAAGAAAAAUCGAAGAAGCGAAAGGCACCACUUCCAAAGCCUUAA